AUGUUGGUAUUAAUGGCAGUGAUAUUAUGUGUGUUUUCACAAACAACAGUGACCUGUGAAAAACCGUUUAAAAGUGUACCAGUGACAGUUAAAACUUACGAAAAUGAUACAGUGCUGCUGCCGUGUUAUAUUGAUGAAACAGACUCAAGUCUUCGGGUCCGAUGGUACAAGGACGACCAGCUAUUAGGCGACAGCCAGUUACACGAGGCUCUGCCCCCAAGAAUCAGUAUGCACGCCAACUACAGCUUGCAAGUUGACUCCCUGCAAGCCCAGGAUACAGCUGAUUAUACCUGCGAGAUAGUGAGACCAGAACCAUGGGGGCCUAUAAGGCAGACGCACUCCAUCGAAGUACAAUAUCCUCCAACGGUGAAGACGAUACCAGAAGAUGGUUUCGUGGAGGUUCGGAAAGGCGACUUAGUGGACAUCGGCUGUGAGACAGGUGGCACUCCCUCACCUAUUGUGGACUGGAGGAAGAAUGGUGAACCUAUGGCGUUACUGGAGCACCGUUCCCGCAUCAGAUUUCGCGCAGAACAUCGCCUUUUAGCUGGCGUGUAUGAGUGCGUAGUCAACAACGGGGUUGGGGACCCUGUGAGGGCUACUAUUAAUGUUGUUAUACAGGACGCUCCCGUGGUGUCCGCGGAGCGCAGCGCGGUGCACACGGCGCUGGGGCUGCGCGCGGCGCUGGCGGCGCGCGUGGACUUCGCCGCGCCGCCCGCCAGGACGCACUGGUACCGGGACGGGAGGCCCGUGCACACCGACGACAGGAUCGUACAAAUGGUACGAGACAACGUACAUCAUCUGAUCUUCCGAACAGUGAGGAAGUCCGAUCUUGGAAAUUACACUUUCAGAGCUGAAAAUAAAUUAGGGAUGGCCGACUUAACUUUCAAGCUUACUGGAGUUCCAAACGUGGCUUCGUUCAAAGUCGACGCGGCACUUAACAAGCCGACUUCGACCGGCUUCACCCUGAUAUGGGAAGUCGAUUCUUAUUCCACUAUUAUAGAAUAUAAUCUGUGGCUUCGUCCAUACUACGGACGUCUUUCGACACUGGAGCCAGACGCCUUCACCACAGAAGCUCCGGCUAAUCUCUGGCGAAAAAUCGUUGUGCCUGGCGACUCUAGUGAUGGACCUAUCCAUAGCGCGAUUUAUACAGUGAGGGGUCUGACACCAUCGACUGUCUAUGAGGCCAUCGUGACGUCUAGAAACAGGUUCGGGUGGAGUAAACCUUCUUCAAUUUUGCAUUUUGCCACUGAACCAGGAGCCGGUCGUACAAAACCGUCAACGAUCGAUUACUCUGACAUAACACCAAUACUAGAGGAAACUGAAACGGAACCACACAAUAUGUCUCAAGCUCAAAUUUUCGGACGAUUCAAUGUAGAGUCGAACGGAGCGCGGGAAACGCGAAUUUCAGUCGCCAUCUUGCUCUUAUGUUUGACACUUCAUUUUAGUUGA